AUGGACCGACUGCCAUCAGAGAUCAAAUGUCUGAUUGCGAGAUAUAUGGGCGAUGAAUGUAUGAAGAGCUUGGCUGCACUCUCCCUGGUGGACCAAGAAUGGAACAGAAUUGCCAGGCCGCUCUUGUACGAGCAUAUCAUUAUACGUCCACUCAAAGAUGAUGCCUCUCAUAAGUUUCACUGGCAGCCAGAAGCCAGCCGUGUUCUCGUACACAUAAAGCGACUCAGUAUCAUCGUCCCAUGGUAUCCAAUUAGCGGCCCACCGCGCGCACCAGUGCUUCGUGCCUACAGCGGCCUCCGGGCUUCGCUUAAGACAGAGAAUUUGGGAGGUCAAAGCAUUCCCAAAUUUAGGGGUUGUUCAACGAACCAGAGCGCCGAGGUAAUUGACCUCAUUCACAAGGUCCCUCAAUUGCGGGAUAUUGAUCUUCUUAUGUCCAACGGCGGCCCUGUCGAGCUUCACAAGGCCAUCAGGCAGUAUCAUCCAGAUUGUCGAUCAUCUGUCUACUUGAGUCCUCAAGUGGGAGACAUGUAUCGAAAGACAGACGAUUGGGUUCUAUCGCCGCAGCUGCACACCGCACAUGUUACUCUUUUCGAGCAUCCGGAGCGCAGGAACUUCAGGGAGCACCCAGAUAGAGUUCUUGAAGAUAUGAUUAUUCGUGCACCGCAUGUCAAGAGACUUGCAUUACAGAUUGUCGCGGGUGGUCAGGCCGGCCCGAAGGAAGACUUCAGCGAGACGGUGGUUGUUGAGGGAAGGGUUGGGGUGGAACCACUGCGUGCAAAGCUUGAACAGCUAGCGUGGCCGCUGAAUACCCUAAUGCCGGCUGGGCAGUUCCUCAAGUGGGAUAAGCUAGUAGAUUACAGCUGCUUAAAAUCGUGGACCGUUGGCUGCAUCGAAGAGACCCAAGUACUGCGCGCUAUUGCCGGUCUCCGUCCCUUCCAGCAGCUAAAUAGACUCACCCUCGCUCUCUUCCCACCGCAAGACGACGAGUUAUCCUUCUACACAGCUGUAGAGGCAAUGUUCGACUCCCUCCCCCCGCUCACAUACCUCUGCCUCCUGGGUAGCUACAAACCAGCCCUCCUGUCUACUGCCCUUCGCAAGCACGGCCCAACGCUACUUGAACUAAAGCUCAACGUCGGCUCCCAAGACUUGAACCAUCAGACACUCCGCCGACUCCGCGCAAAAGGCCAGAGUGUGACAGGCCCAAUAUGUUCCGUCGAGGAAAUCCAUCCCCUUGCAGCCCAUUGCCCCUCCCUCCAGACCCUGUGCAUCGCCAUCCAACGCAAUCGCGGCCUCGAAACACCCGCAUACACCGCGCUCGCCCUGUUCCCAGCUCUAACAACUCUCGAGCUCUACCUGAACUGCCCACCGCUUGUGGACCCCAACGAAAUCGAACCCCCCUCCCCAGUUCCACCGCGCGACCUAACGGAAUUUGAGAAGUCUCAACCCCUGCCUUCUACCGGCCUCGAGGUGCCUAUCUGGUACAUCAGAGACACAAUGAUUAACUCCGCUAUCGACAAGGAUCUGGCCAAGACUAUAUUUACACACAUCCGCUCCCACCAGGUUAGGGGUCAGUGCCUCACGAAGUUAAAGAUUCAUCCCUUGUAUAGUGCACCUGCAGCUGCUGCAAGAAGCAUAUCAAUAGUGUCGAAUUGCAAUAUCUUCAAAGCGCCGGCUCCGUCUUGGACGGUUCAGACGGACCUUCUGGUCGGUGUCAAGGCCGUAAAGCAUAUGCAGAAGCAGAGUGCCCGUCGUUGGGUGUCUGAGGGGGCUGCGCAGUUGGAGGUCAUUUUUAAUUCUGUUUGGCCGCCGGCGGAAGGGGAGGAAGAGAAUGGAAAUGAGGGUUCAUAA